CCCACAGUUGCCUCGCUGCCAGGGAGGAUCGGAGGCACCCGCUGCGAACCCUUGGGGGGCAAAGGCUCUUGGAGACUGAUUGCAGACUGCUCCGCAUCUGUCUUUAGAGGGAAGGCUGCAGCUGCGAAGCCUCCGCAGAGGCCUGUUGUCUUCAAACAGUAACUGAAGGAGGAAGGCAUUUCUGAGAACCAUGAUGUCCCUGGGUGUCAGCAAAGAUCGUGUGAUUACACCUACAGAUGAAGACCGCAGGAGGAUCAUUAAGCAGAUGAAGGUUCGCACCACCCUGAAGGGAGAUAAGAGCUGGAUUCACCACCAGAAUUCGGACUCCGAGGAUGAAAAGAAGAGCAGCCCGCUGUCUGGGCGAACUGGUGGGGGAUCCACAACCUCAGCACCUACUGCUCUUCAGACUGAGAGAUCUCCUGCCUCCAAGCCUCAAUCCGGUUACCUCAUCAGGGGAGUGUUCACAAAAACCAUUGAUAAGACUCCUUCCGUGCCAAAUUCUCCAUCUUCUAAGGCGGCACAGAAAAACACUGCCGUGAAGGGACCCAGUUCAUGCCAUUCUUCUGGCUACAGGAUGACUACUGAGGAUUACAAGAAAUUAGCUCCCUAUAAUGUCAAACCAAAAUCAGUGGACUUGGGUGAGGAGGAUGUGCCUUUUAGUCCAGAUGAACAUAAAAAGAGGACAGAGGCAGCCAACAGUGUCCUGAGGCGCACUGCCAGCAGGGAACGUGCUUAUGUCCUCUCAGCAGCCAAGAAAAGCAGUGGAAGCCCAACACAAGAGUUCCCACCUUUGUUUGCCAAGAGAAUUGAGAUAGAAGAAGAAGGACAGCAGAGGAGGAAUCCGACUGUGUCUGAUUCGUGCAAGUUUACAGCAGAUGACAACAGUACCAAUGGGCUAAAAAAGCCCACGGUUGGGCCUUCCUGGAAUGCACCAAAGACAACAGCAGUGUCGCCCACCAGCACUGAAAUAGGCAGUAAGAGCCAAACAACCACAACCUUGAGGGAAACUUCAGAGAAAAUCUCCACGUAUGCUGAAAUCAGAAACGGUGAUAGCAGACAAACUCCUAAUGGGAACUCCUCACUGGAAACUGUGCCACAGCAUGGGGAUGGUGACAAAUUUCUUAAGGAAAAGUCUGAGCCAUUCUCGUGGGAUAAGCCUAGAGCAACUGCAGUUUCCACAAAUGGAAGUUGUUCUGAACACACAGAAGCCAACAAUGAUUUUUACCAACCAAAGUCUGACUCUGGUUAUAGGGACAGAUCUGCAGAUGCUGUAGACAAGCUGCACCAACAGUAUGAGGCUUCUCCCUACACAGAUGAUGCAAAGCCUGAACCUGCAAGGUCAGAGCCUGAUGCUGGAACUCACAGUGCUGCUGCUAGCAGCAGGUCUGUUUUGCAGUCUAAUGUCCCUUCUCCUCCCACUGAGGGCGCCCCUACACACCUCGAGGACACAGAGUAUUCCUUUAAAAGAUCUGUCCUGAACUAUGAGGAGAAAAGCAGCACCCAAGAGAGCAGAUUCAUGAACCCCACAGUGCCAGCAUACAGCAAGCCUGACUGGAACGAAGCGACGUCCUUCCAAGAUUUCACAGAGGGGAACACCCCUAGAAACAGGGAACAUGAGAGCACACUGGUCUCACAAGACCAUAAACUAGAGGUGGUCCAAGGAGGGUUUUCUGACUCCAACCACCAUGCUGAGAAGGGACAAGAACCUCCUGAUGUCCACCCAGAGCCUGCCAGGUCAAACGAACAUGCUGACCAUGACCUGAGUAUGGCAAUGUCCAUGUCAUACUCCAAGGACAGCACAAGUGGUGGCGUAGACAAUAAUACAGGAGUAUCAUCUUAUGUGCAGACUGAAGAAUUUGCUUCAAGAAGGUCCAGCUCCCUUCCUAGAGAAAGCAGCACCACUGCUUCAGAGACCCCAAGUGGAAGCGAAUCCAACACAUGCUGGGAAAGGACCAGUCCUGGUUAUGAAGAACAACCCCCUCCCACCACGGAUAGUCAUCAUGAGAGCCCAGGAGCCUGGAGACACAAUGAGCCUAGCCCAGUGGCAGCCAGCAGGUCUAACUUCAGCUCAAAAGAGAGUGCUCUUGGUGCAUAUGAGACUCAGCAUCCCAUGCCACUGUACAUGGACUGCCAGCCUUUCAACACCAACCUGUCAGCACCCAGCCAUAGGAUACCAUCCUACGUAGACAGCCAAGGAUUCAGCACCAGAAGACCUAUCUUGGAUUAUGAAGGGAGAGUUUAUGAUGGGAGAAGCAGCCCUAGGAGCAGCAGAUAUGACAGUGGUAGUGCCAGGGGGCACUGUGAAUUUAACCUUAUAACUACUAUAAGCCACCACUCCCUUCCCAGAGAUACCACCAUGUCCAUUUCCCCGAGAAGCCACAGGGUGCCAUUCUACAUGGACAGCUUAAACUGUAACAGCACCAGGCUUCUUUCGAGUUCAACUGAGAGGAUCUGCACUCCAAUUGCCACCUUACCAUACAACAGCCCAGCAGCCUCUGGCUACCAGCCUGAUUCCAGCACUGCCGGAAAAGGGGUCCUCUUUGUGAAGGAGUACGUGAACAGCAGUGAGCUAUCAGCCUCCCCUCGCUAUGGCAGUGGCAGCCUUGUGGAUUUGACCGAUUUGGAGAGAGGAACCUACAGCCACCACAGCUACGUGUCCAGUGCUCCCCUGCAGAGGUCCAGUGAACCUGUUUGUACUUACUGCAGCCGUGAGAUCCGAGACUGCCCUAAGAUCAUAAUAGAGCACCUUAACAUCUACUGCCAUGAAUACUGCUUCAGGUGUGGAAUUUGCCACAAAGCAAUGGGAGAUCUUCUGGAUAAAAUAUUCAUCCACCGGGAUAUUGUCCACUGUGACAAGUGCUACGAGAAACUCUUCUAGGGUUUUGCAAAGCUGGAGAAAGCAGCCAGUGGAAAGUCCUCAGCAGCACAUAUCUGAAUAUAUCUACUGUUUCCUGACUGGCUAAGAUAGCAGAAUUCCUGCUUCCCUUUUCUGCAAAUUAUUUUCCCUCUCACUGCCUCAUCACAAUGAAUGAGUUUAACAUCUGCUAGCUUAUGCUGUCAGCUGCAUGCAAGACAAGUGCCAAUGUUAACAAGAUAAGGCAGUGUCAUCUAUAAAAGAUAGGUGGGCUGAUUUUCCAGAGGUGCUGAGCCCCUCUACCUGUCUUUAACUUCAUUAAGAUUCCAGAUAGCUCCUGUGCUGGAAACCAGGCAGAGCUCCUUAAGUCUAUUUAAUUUAAUUGCGAGAAACCUUUUCUGAUUAUUUUUUUUUUCAUUUCUGCAAUCAGGUUGCAGCUUAGUGCGUGUCAGCUGGCACAAAGCAAGCAGCUAUAAGAAGUGUUAAACACCAC